AUGGCCGCUGGAUUUGCUGUCUUCCUCAAGAAUGCUUGGGCCAACAAGCCAGUGCUGGUUGUGCCCUUCACCGUUGGGGGCCUCACUAUAAUUAUGCCGAUGCUCAGCCCCUACACCAAGUACUCUAGCAUGAUCAACAAGGCCAGGCCCUACAACUACUCAGUGCCCAUCCAAGAUGAUGGGAACAUGCCCGAUGUGCCCAGACACCCCCAGAACCCCCAGGGUCCAAGCUUGGAGUGGCUGAAGAAACUGUGAGCACCUCCAUCCAUAGGGAAGGUGGAUGGAAGCACCUCCAUCCCCCUCCCUCAUGGCCCCCAAUAAAAACGUGAAAACCAAAAAAAAAAAAAGAAGAAGAAAUAAAAUAAAAGAUAGGAGCAUCUGUAGCUUAGUGGUUAGUGUGCCAGCCUCAUGCUCCAGGGCUGGUGGGUUCAAACUUGGCCUGGGCCUGCUAAACAAGCAAAAACAAACAAACAAACAAAAAAAUAGCCAAGCAUUGUGGUGGGCACCUAUAGUCCCAGUUACUAGGGAGGCUGAGGCAAGAGAAUCACUUGAGCUCAGGAGUUUGAGGUUGCUGUAAGCUAUGACGCUACAGCAUUCUACCCAGGGUGACAAAGUGAGACUCUGUCUCAAUUAAAAAAAAAAAAAAAGAGGGCGGCGCCUUUGGCUCAGUGGGUAGGGUGCCGGCCCCAUAUGCUGAGGGUGAUGGGUUCAAGCCCAGCCCCGGCCAAACUGCAACAAAAAAUAGCCGGGUGUUGUGGCAGAUGCCUGUAGUCCCAGCUGCUCGGGAGGCUGAGGCAAGAGAAUCACCUAAGCCCAGGAGCUGGAGGUUGCUGUGAGCUGUGUGAGGCCACAGCACUCUACCCAGGGCGAUAAAGUGAGACUCUGCCUCUACAAAAAAAAAAAAAAAGAAAGAAAGAAAGAAAAGAUAGAAUCAUAGUUAAUGCCCUACACUUUCCAGCUAUGUCAAAACUAUGUAUUUUGCAAAAUUUAGUCCCGACUUUUUUAAGAAUAAGGGCGGCGCCUGUGGCUCAAGGAGUAGGGCGCCGGUCCCAUAUGCCGGAGGUGGCGGGUUCAAACCUAGCCCCGGCCAAAAACCACAAAAAAAAGAAUAAAAACUUAAAAAUUCAGAUGAGGCACCUUAUGCAUACUUCCUCUCAACUAUACUCCCCUACCUCUCCCUCCAAACAAAGGCACUAUCCCGAUUGCGUGGGUAUCAUUUCAUGCAGGUUUUUAUGUCAGUAACACAUACGAAUGUAUGCAUAAACAAGGUAUGAUAUCACUUUGCAGGGGCUUACAUUUUGUAUAAAUGGUAUUACCCUGUGUACAUCCUUUAAUAUAGCUGG